UCCUCCAACAAUCUCGAUCUCUCAACCUACACUUUAUCAUACUAUUCUGCCACCAUGUCUGGGCUUGUUAACGCAGUGAAUCAACUUCAGGAUACCUUCAACCAGCGUGCUACACAAAAGGAUGACAUGAAAGUUUUGACCAAGAAAGAACUUGCUGAACUGCUCCACAAAGAGUUUGACACUGGAGACACAAAGCAAGCUGAGAUAGACGAGUUCUACAAGAAGCUGGAUAAAGACGGGGAUGGUGUUGUUACUUUCAAGGAGUAUGUCAUGUAUGUAAUAGCCGUCACAGAGAUUGUUGAUGUUAUGAAAAAAUAAAUAAUUUGGC